UGAGCUUAUUUGAUUUGAUUUUCUCUUUCGUUUUCACUUAAACCCAGUUUUCCCGAGAAAAUCAAAUUUCUCAAACAGAGGUGGAGACUAAUGGUUGACGCAAAUAGACAAGGUUGUGUUUAAAGGAGAAAUUCUUAAAGAACCUUUCACUGUCUGUCGAAACCAAAUGGUCAAAUUGUAUGUGUCCUUUCUCUCUCAAAGUGCUCAACAAAUUUCAGUCUCUUCGUCAUUGUGAAUUAAACCAACAACUCUCCUUGCCUGCGUCGUUUAGAUCUGAAGUUGAUGCUCGUAAUUGAUUAUGUUGCUGCUGCAUUGCUUCUCAACUGCGAAGCUCUAAAUGUUUAGAAGGUAUGGCAAAAUCAAGGCACCACUUCUCGAGCCAGGAUGCUUUAAUGUCACCCACUUCUGUGAGAUCCAAGGAAUGGGAGGGUCCAUCACGAUGGACUGAGUACUUGGGUCCUGAUAUAACUUCCCCUGUGACAUCUAGGAAUGUCAGGAAUACUGGUUCCGAUGGACAGGUCCAGUCAGGUGGUUUCCUUAAAGGUUUGAACAUGCAGUGGGUAGUUCAACUCACAGGUGUUGCGGAAGGCCUGAUGGCCAAAAUGUAUAGACUGAAUCAAAUUUUAGACUACCCGGAUCCAGUUGGUCAUGUAUUUUCAGAAGCAUUUUGGAAAGCUGGUGUUUUCCCUAAUCAUCCGAGGAUUUGCUUACUGCUCUCAAAAAAGUUUCCGGAGCAUUUUAGCAAAUUGCAACUCGAACGUGUCGAUAAAGCUGCCUUGGAUUCGCUGCAUGAUAGUGCUGAGGUACAUUUGCAGAGCUUGGAACCAUGGGUUCAGCUUCUUGUUGACUUGAUGGCAUUUCGUGAACAAGCUUUGCGACUUAUUCUGGAUCUCAGUAGUACUGUUAUCACCUUGUUGCCUCAUCAGAACUCACUUAUACUGCACGCUUUUAUGGAUCUCUUUUGCUCGUUUGUCCGAGUUAAUCUCCUGUCUGAGAAGAUACCACGGAAAAUGAUGCUGCAAAUGUAUAACCUAUUGCAUGCCAUGUCAAGAAAUGACAGAGACUGUGAUUUUUAUCAUCGGUUGGUUCAAUUCAUUGACUCUUAUGAUCCCCCUCUGAAAGGAUUACAAGAAGACCUAAAUUUUGUUAGCCCACGUAUUGGCGAGAUUCUGGAGGCUGUAGGUCCUAUUAUUUUUCUAUCCACGGAUACAAGGAAGCUGAGAAAUGAAGGGUUUUUAAGCCCGUAUCAUCCUCGAUACCCAGAUAUUCUCACAAAUUCUGCUCACCCCAUGAGAGCUCAGGAUCUAGCAAAUGUUACUUCUUAUAGCGAAUGGGUGUUACUUGGGUAUCUAGUUUGUCCUGAUGAGCUGCUUCGUGUCACUAGCAUUGAUAUUGCUCUGGUUGUACUCAAGGAAAAUUUGGUUCUUACAUUAUUCAGGGAUGAGUAUUUGUUUUUGCAUGAGGACUAUCAGCUAUAUGUUUUGCCACGGAUAUUAGAAUCAAAGAAGAUGGCUAAAUCUGGACGUACCAAGCAAAAGGAAGCAGAUUUAGAAUACAGUGUGGCAAAGCAGGUUGAGAAAAUGAUAAGUGAAGUGCAUGAGCAAGCACUAUUAUCCUGUGAUGCUACACACAGAGAAAGAAGGAUAUUAUUAAAGCAAGAAAUUGGAAGAAUGGUACUCUUUUUUACUGAUCAGCCGAGUCUACUGGCUCCAAACAUUCAGCAGAUGGUAUUUUCUGCCUUGGCUUUGGCUCAAUCUGAAGUCAUUUGGUACUUCCAACAUGUAGGGAUUACCUCGACAAAAUCUAAAACUACUCGCAUGAUAGCAGUUGACAUUGAUCCAAAUGAUCCGACUAUUGGGUUUUUGUUAGAUGGCAUGGACCAUCUAUGCUGUCUUGUGCGCAAGUAUAUUGCAGCAAUUCGAGGUUAUGCUCUGUCCUAUCUUUCUUCAUGUUCUGGUCGAAUCCGUUUUUUGCUGGGAACUCCAGGAAUGGUGGCUCUUGAUCUUGAUGUGGCCUUGAAAGGACUUUUUCAGCGGAUUGUUCAGCACCUUCAAAACAUUCCAGAACCACAGGGUGGAAAUAUUUCAGUCGUUACAUGUGAUCUGUCUCAAUUCCGUAAGGAUUGGCUAUCGAUAUUGAUGAUUGUCACAUCUGCUCGUUCAUCUAUCAACAUUAGACACUUGGAGAGAGCUACUGUGUCCACCGGAAAGGAAGGGUUGCUAUCAGAGGGCAAUGCUGCUUACAAUUGGUCCAGAUGUGUUGAUGAGUUGGAAUCCCAAUUGUCAAAGCAUGGAAGUCUUAAAAAACUUUAUUUCCACCACCAGCACCUCACAACGGUGUUCAGGAACACCAUGUUUGGACCAGAAGGACGUCCGCAGCAUUGUUGUGCAUGGCUAGGUGUUGCUAGCAGUUUCCCAGAGUGUGCUUCUCCAAUUGUUCCAGAAGAGGUAACUAAAAUUGGUCGAGAUGCAGUACUAUAUGUAGAGUCUCUCAUUGAAUCUAUCAUGGGUGGAUUGGAGGGUUUAAUCAAUAUUCUUGAUUCUGACGGAGGAUUUGGUGCUCUUGAGACUCAGCUUCUCCCAGAGCAGGCAGCUUUCUAUUUGAAUAAUGCGGCACGAGUGUCAAUUCCUUCAAUGAAAUCGCCAAAGGGAGGAGUUGGUUUUCCUUUGCCUGGCCAUGAGAGCUACCCUGAAAAUAAUAGUUCUAUCAAAAUGUUAGAAGCUGCAAUGCAAAGGUUGACCAACUUGUGCUCAGUUUUAAAUGAUAUGGAACCUAUAUGUGUUCUAAAUCAUGUCUUUGUUCUUCGAGAGUACAUGAGAGAAUGCGUUCUUGGUAACUUUAGGAGGAGAUUGCUCACAGCUCUGAAAACUGAGCAUGAUCUUCAACGGCCUUCCAUCUUGGAAUCUCUGAUUCGUCGACACAUGAGCAUAGUCCAUCUGGCAGAGCAGCACAUUAGCAUGGACCUAACACAGGGUAUUCGGGAGGUGCUACUCACAGAGGCCUUCACAGGACCAGUUUCUUCCUUGCAGUUGUAUGAAAAACCAGCCGACCAACUUUCUGGAUCAGCCACUGAAGCUGUUUGCAACUGGUACAUAGAAAACAUAAUCAAGGACGUAUCAGGUGCUGGAAUCAUUUUUACGCCUAUGCAUAAUUGCUUCAAAAGCACAAGGCCUGUCGGUGGAUAUUUUGCUGAUUCAGUCACAGGUUUCAGAGAAUUGAAGGCCUUUGUUCGUAUUUUUGGUGGUUAUGGGGUUGACAGGCUGGAUAGGAUGAUGAGAGAACACACAGCCGCACUAUUGAAUUGCAUUGACACGUCGUUACGGUCUAACCGUGAGUUGCUAGAGGCAGUGGCUGGCAGCAUGCAUUCUGGUGACCGUAUAGAAAGAGAGGCAUGUUUGAAGCAGAUCGGAGACUUGGACACAGUAAUUGGAUUUUGCAUUGAGGCAGGGCAAGCAUUGUCUUUUGAUCAGCUUCUAGCUGAAGCUACUGGAGCAGUGCUUGAGGAUGGUGCGCCCUUGAUAUAUUCAUUACUUGACAGUGUAAUUAAGCAUAUUCCUGAGGAAAUUCCAGAAAAGAAAGAAAUCAGAAGGAUAAGGAGGGUAGCAAAUAGUGUUGGCAGGGUGGGUGAUCAUGAUUCUGAGUGGGUGCGGUCGAUCUUGGAAGAAGCAGGGGGCGCAAAUGAUGGUUCUUGGAACUUGUUACCUUAUUUCUUUGCCAGCUUUAUGACAUCCAAUAUUUGGAACACCACUGGCUUCAAUGUCGAAACAGGGGGCUUUAACAACAAUAUAUAUUGCUUGGCAAGGUGCAUCAGUGCUGUGAUUGCAGGAAGUGAAUUUGUCAGAUUGGAGCGUGAACAUCAGCAAAGAGAGUCUCCAUCAAAUGGCCAUAUUGAUGAGAACUUGGAUACUGAGUUACAAAACCGAAUAUCAGCCGAAGCAGGUAUAAAGUCAGCGAUGCAGCUCUUUGUCAAGUUCUCCGCUGGAAUUAUACUGGAUUCUUGGGGUGAAGUAAACAGAUCUCAUCUUGUUGCCAAGUUGAUAUUCCUGAACCAACUGUCUGAGAUUUCUCCGUACCUUCCAAGAAGCUCUCUCGAAUCUCAUGUUCCUUAUGCCAUUCUCCGUUCAAUAUAUAGCCAGUACUAUGGAAAUUCUCCAUCGAUGCCACUAGCGUUACUAAGCAUCUCACCUCGCCAUUCACCUGCUGUAUCACUAUCACAUGCAUCUCCAAUAGUGAAGCAACCUCGUGGUGACUUGACUCCUCAGCACAGUGCUAAUGACUAUGCUUACUUCAAGGGUUCAUUACCUCAUAGCCAGGAUCACCUCCAUGAAGCAGAUCAUCGAAGCAAUGUCCGACGAUCUGGACCUCUAGAUUACAGCUCAAGCCGUAGUAAAAUGAAGUUUGUUGAUACUUCAACUUCAAGUAGCAGAGGGCCAAGUCCACUACCGAGGUUUGCAGUGUCAAGAUCUGGUCCUAUAUCAUAUAAAUAGAAAGAUGAUGACCAGAAAGAGGAACUGGUGCUAAAUUAUCUGCUUCUUAUAAAUGGUCAGUUGUACAUUUAGCACAUGUUGAUCCGAGCUAGUAAAUACAAAUUUUGACAAGAUGUAGAUCUAUAAUUCACACCUGCCUCUUGCCUAUGUUAUGGGAGUAAUACCUUUGGCUAAGCUGCUUGUGAUAAUAGAUGCAUUAAUGAAUGUCAGGUUAUUUUAUUUUA